AUGGUUUCACUCUCUUCUCCCUGUUUCAGUACUGAUGUUUUGAUUGGGGUUGGUGAUAAGAGUACUGAAGCACAUGGUAAUCCUCAACCUCUGCAACUUUGUGUUCCCUACUCCCAGAUACCCCAGGAGGAUGAGUGUAAGGUGGGGAGGACCACAGAGGAAGAGAUUCUAGAGAAUUCCGAAACUGCCCAAGUGGAACACAGGAAAAGCAAUGAGAGUGUAAACACCACCAAGUACCAUGUGUUGGAAGCAGGAACCCCCCCGGUGCACGUGCCUCUUAAAAGAUGCCACGAAGAGAAAAAACCAGAAGAAAGCAAAGUUGAGGAGAAAAAAACAGAGGAACCAAAGGAAGAGAAGAAACAGGAGGAAGUUAAAAAAGCAGAGGACUCAAAAGAUGGAAAGGAAUCCAAGGAGGAGGAAUCUGCGCCGCCAGAAAUCGUGCUUAGAGUCUUCAUGCAUUGCGAGGGUUGUGCCCGGAAGGUUCGCCGCUCCCUCAAAGGAUUUCCAGGGGUGGAGAAUAUACUCACGGAUUGCAAGUCUCACAAGGUGGUUGUGAAAGGCGAAAAGGCGGAUCCGCUGAAGGUUCUAGAAAGAGUGCAGAAGAAGAGCCACAGAAAAGUUGAACUUCUCUCUCCAAUCCCAAAACCACCAGACGAAGAGAAGAAACCCGUGGAAGAAGAGAAACCCAAACCAGAGGAGAAAAAAGAAGAGCCUCAGGUUAUCACAGUCGUUCUCAAAGUCCACAUGCAUUGCGAAGCUUGCGCGCAGGAAAUCAAGAGACGCAUAGAGAAAAUGAAAGGUGUGGAAUCAGUGGAAGCAGAUCUGAAGAGUUCAGAGGUGAGCGUGAAGGGGGUGUUCGAGGCAGAGAAGUUGGUGGAACACGUGUCGAAGAGGACAGGGAAGCAUGCAGAGAUAGUGAAGCAAGAGGCAGAGAAGAAGGAGGAGGUAGCCAAGGAAGAGACAGGGGAGAAGAAAGGAGAGGAAGGUGAGAAGGAGAAAGAGAGUGGUGAUAAGGGAGAGGAAAAGAAAGAAGGAGUAGAGGGUGAAGGGAAAACAGAUGAGGGAGGCACAGAAGAAAGCACAGUGGUGGAGCUGAAAAAGAGUGAGUAUUAUUACAACCCUCCAAGGUAUGGAAUGGAGUUCUAUGCAUACCCUGGACCAGCUUACCCUCCCCAGAUCUUCAGUGAUGAGAACCCCAAUGCCUGCACUGUCAUGUAA